AUGGUCAAUCAAUCCUCGCCUUCUCCACCGCCAAGCUCGGCCGCAUCGGGCUCAGCGUCCUCAGCACCGCUUUGCACUCUGCGCGUACAGGUGCUCUCGGCCAAAGGACUCGCUGCCAAAGAUCGCAACGGCAAGUCAGACCCCUUUGUCACCGUCAGCCUGCCCGGCUCAGCCGCCUCCUCUCGCCAUGGUGCUGCUCCGCACAGCCAAACCGCCGUCAAGCAAAAGACGCUCGAUCCCACUUGGAAGUCCGAGGAAGCAACCUUCGAGUUCCCCGUCGUUCCAGACUGGUACGGUCCCAACUUCACCGCCGUGGCCAGCGAGCAGAUCGACUCGAGCGUGGUGCGAGCUGCCCUUCAGCAUGUCGUCGUCGACACCAGCAGUGCUAGCUCAAACCACUUGACACCAGAUGCUGCCAACAAUGACACAAACGCAAAAACCCGCCCUCGCCUCGGUCUCCGUUCGGCCUCCGCCAGGAAGAUCACAGGAACCGCUUCCAAGAUUCUCGUCACGCCCGUCAAGCUAGGCGCGGCCGGUGCUCGCGUGGUUGGCAGACAAAUGCCACGGCCCAUGCGUCUUCGUCGCCGAAAUCGGCCUUCAUCCUCUUCCCUGCCCGCGGACAGCCUUACCAGCUCAGACACUCUUCUGGUCGACGGCAGCAAACCACCACGUGGAUCCAUUCAGCUCGACGCUUCCAACGGUAUGGUCUCUUCCAUCGAAUUUGUCAUCUGGGACAAGGAUCGUUUCUCCGGCGACGACUACAUGGGCGAAUGCUCGCUUCCCGUUACGUCGUGGUGCAGAGAAGGUCUCGCCGAGUGGUCCAAUGCUCAGUCGCUCUGGCUGCCUGUCGAAUCGUCGCAUCCGCACGCCAAGACUAGCGGUGAGCUGCAGGUCAAGGUCGGCUUUGUUUCCACUUCUGCGUCUCCCUCCGAUCCUGCCGCAUCCGCUGCGACGCAAGGUCCGCAAUCUUGGAGCGUCGACGAAGUCUACAAUCGCCUCGUCUUGGCUGCUCUCGGCACGCAAGGCGCGGCAGUACGAGCCGUCCCUGCUUCCCAGUCCGUCGGCACUACUGGCCCCUCAGAAGCCUUUGUCGACGAUGGAUUGAGCAGCGACAGCGAGGACGAUGACGACGACGACACUGCUGAUGACGAGGAUGACGAUGAUGGACUGGAUACUGCCACCUCCGAAGGCGAACCGAGCGAUCUCAACGACGGUCUCGAAUUCGACUCGGACGAUGAAGAUGUCUACAACCAGCAUUACGAGACCGUAGCCGGUGCUUCUGGCUCUUCCUCGUCGCAGCCCAUGGCAGCAUCGACAUCUCAGUCAGGAAGCCUGCUCACCCCUCCGCCGCAGCAACAGAAGGGCGGCAAGGUUCGACGCAUGUUUCCUCGCAACAUUAGUUUCAGGUCGAACAACAACUCCGGCACUGCGACUCCCGUCGACGCCGGAUCUACGUCCGACUAUGGGCCGUCGAAAGGCACCACUCCCGCCGAAGCAGCUUCCGCCACCGGCGCCAAGCCGCGCAUGAGGCGACGACUGCCCGGCGUCAAGCGCCUCAAACAAAAUGCAGCUAUCCCUCCCUCAGGCGCAGAAGGGGCCAGUGCGACGUCCACAGCACCGCCUCGUCGAGCAAAGCGGCGAGGUCGUGGCGGUCGCAACCGUCGCGGCCGCGAGUACGCCUUCAAAGCAGGUAUGGGCAUGGACAUCAUCGGCAUCGUCAUGAUGGAAGUCAAGGGCGCUUCCGACCUGCCUCGAUGGUCCAACAUGACGCACACCGGCUUCGACAUGGACCCCUUCGCCAUCAUCAGCUUUGGUCAAAAGAUCUUCCGCACGCGUGUCGCUCGUCACACGCUCAAUCCCGCGUGGAACGAGAAGCUCAUCUUCCACGUCCGUCGCCACGAGACCAACUUCCAGGCAAAAUUUGCAGUCUACGACUGGGAUCGAAUGUCGUCCAACGAUUACGUCGGUGGUACCCAGCUUUCCAUUGCCGAUCUGCUCGAUGCUGCACCCAAAGCGGAUACCGAAACAGGUCUGUACAAGACCGACGACGAGGGCACCCUGGGCUCCAUGAAGGAGUUCGUUCUGCCUCUGACUCGAGUCGAGAAGGAUGAAGAGGCCAAGUAUAAGACCAAACGCCCGACGAUGACGAUUCAAGCCAAGUUCACGCCUUACGAGGCACUGCGUCAGCGUUUCUGGCAACAGCUGGCUCAGCAGUUCGACACCAACGACAGUGGCACCCUGUCGCGCCUCGAGCUGUCGAGUAUGCUCGACAGUCUCGGAAGUACGCUCAGCACCAAGACGCUCGACAGCUUCUUCUUCGAGGUCAGCAAGAACCCGGAGGAAGACGAGCUAACGUUCGAAGAGACAAUCGUGGCGCUCGAGAAAGAAGUUCAAAAGCCUUGGGAUCUCAAGCGGAAAGCGACACGCGCGUCGAGCUUCACUGACGGUACCCAGACGCCGUCGUUGCUUGGAGGCGUGGGUUACGUCGGAAGCGAUACGAAUCAGGACAUGGACGUCGUGGGUGCUGAUGCGCCCGAUGCUGGAUCCGUUUCCGACACGCUGGACCCAGCACGACCCGUUCCUCCCGGUGAGAGCGGCGUGUCAUCAAAUGGGAGCGACCGUGCUGCAGCAGAUGCCACAACCAAUCCUGGCGGCAUGGUGCGCACGCUGGGCCGCGACUUUUCGGCACUGUCUUUGACCUCGUCCACCGACUCGUCUUCCAAUGCUGGCGGACAUUCGUCCAAUUCUGCAGCAGACUCGACCACUCGGAACCACAAAACACGAAGCACCUCUGGCUCCAGCUCUGGUAUACUCUCGACCUCGCCGUCGCCAACACCUCCCAUGAUCAAGGUCGAAAGCAGGGAGGGCUCCCCGCCCGACGACGACGACACGGUCGCAGUCGAACACGUCGUGCGCCUUCAAUCGUGCCCGCUAUGCCACCUGCCUCGCCUUCGCAAGAAGGGCGAGAUGGACAUCAUCACCCACCUUGCUGUCUGUGCCUCGCAGGACUGGCGACGCGUCGAGAGCCUCACGGUACGCAACUACGUCACGGCCACCCAGGCGCAGCGUAAGUGGUACACCAAAGUGGUCAACAAGAUCUCGCAGGGCAAUUACUCGCUCGGCGCCAACAGCGCCAACAUCAUCGUGCAGGAUCGCACCUCGGGCGAGCUGAUGGAGGAGAAGAUGCAGAUCUACGUGCGUUUGGGCAUUCGGCUGCUGUACAAGGGUGCUCGCUCGAGGAUGGAGGGAGCGCGGGUAAAGAAGAUGCUCAAGAAUAUGAGCGUCAAGCAGGGUGUCAAGUUUGACAGUCCUGCGAGCGCGCGCGAGAUCCCGACAUUCAUUGCGUUCCACAACCUCAACACGGACGAGAUCCGGGAUCCGCUUGACAGCUACAAGACGUUCAACGAGUUCUUCUACCGCAAGCUCAAGCCGAAUGCGCGGCCCAAUGAGGAGCCCGACAACCCUGGUCGACUGGUCAGUGGCGCUGAUUGCCGAAUGAUGGCGUUCGAAACGGUCAACGAAGCGACCAAGUUCUGGAUCAAGGGUCGGGACUUCACGGUCGCCCGUCUGCUCGGCGAUGCAGCCAAGACGGUGUCCAACAUCGAUUCGUACCAGAACGGCGGCGCACUCGCCAUUUUCCGCCUCGCGCCGCAGGACUACCAUCGCUUCCACUGCCCUGCGGACGCCACCGUCGGCAGACCCGUGUGGAUCACGGGCCAGUACUACACGGUCAACCCGAUGGCCAUCCGCUCCGCCAUCGACGUGUAUGGCGAGAACAUCCGCGUCGUCGUGCCCUUCCAUUCUGAAGCCUUUGGCACUUUCUAUGCGGUGUGCAUUGGAGCCAUGAUGGUCGGCUCGACCGUGCUGACCGUCAAGGAGGGGGACACCGUGAAGCGAGGACAGGAGUUUGGGUUCUUCAAGUUCGGAGGGAGCACCAUCGUGCUCGUCUUUGAGGAGGGAAGGGUGACGUGGGAUCAGGAUCUCGUGGACAACGGACGGGCGGCGAUCGAGACGCUGGUGCGCGUGGGGAUGGGCAUUGGGAGAGCAGGCGGUGCAGAGGCGAAGACCAUUGGCUGA